UAUCUGCCCGAGCGAAAUACGAUGCCUUUCGGAAGUUCACGUAAUUCACGUUUGUACCUUCAAUUGAGCUCGAGGACAAAGAGCGAUAGACGAUCCGCCCGUUUUUCCCCGCAUGCGAAUCAUUAUUCACGCCCGAAUGCCCCGAUGUCCCUGCGUUUUACAUUCCGCCAAUUUUCUUGACGCAAGUGUACGCAAAUCUGGGACUGAGCCGCGUCACUUCCUUGGGCUUCCGUGAAUUCAAUUACCGCGUUCGUUCGCGAAAAAAAAACUCACGGCGUCGAUACGCCUUAUUUAAAAUUUCAUCGAAAUUGAUUAGAAAUAAAAACGUCAUUCGAGUUUACAAAAGUAACGGAUACCAAAGGAAAAGAGGUGGCCGAUAACGCGAGCGUGGGCGAAGUUUCUCGUUUCUCGUUUCCCUCGUAGAUGGCGUCCCGUUCCCUCGCGGGCGGCCGCGGCGCAAAGAUGGCGGCGCGGUUACGCUUUCGUUCCCUGUCAUCUGGCGCUCUACCAAUGGGUUCGCGUAAGGGCCCCCACCCUGGAGCCGCCGCCUCGUCGGAGAGUGCACUCUUAUCCCCUCUUAUUUCGGCGCGAGGACUGAAACGAGGUCUACAUUUUAGUACGCAUUAGAGUCCCGAACAUGAUAAGUUUUCGUAUCGCGGGCACGGGGGAUGACGCAAGUGUACUAUCACCAAACCAAGUUCCGAUGGACGGAGCAUCUGACGUGCCGCUUCAUUCAGCUCAGGAAGGAACAUGGGAAGCUCUUCACCGGGCGCAAGUACUCGGCGCAGGCGGGAUGGGAGUACAUUCUGCGUCAGAUGCGACAGGAGUUUCCAACCAUUAUGGCUGACGUUCACUAUCGAGUGCUAAAGAAGAAAUGGUCGAACCUGUUACAACAGUAUAAAGAACUGAAGAACCCGGUACACGGCGACAAGAACAAGGCCGACGACGUGUCAUGGCCGUUUUACAGUGCCAUCGACGAAGUGUUGGGCUACUCGCAGCGCGAAAACGAGGAGGAUGUAAAUCCUCAGGAAUUCCUUUACGUGUCGGUCAUGCCGGAAGAUGUCGGAUCGCCGGAAGACGAGACUCGUCCCGGCUUCCAGGUUGACGGUGAUUUAAAGGAUGCGCAAUCGGUAGCGGCUCUUCAACGCGUACAGCCCUUCAAGAAGGAAACCACGGACGAGCUGGAGAGGCUACCGCCUUCCCCAAAGUCUCCGAAGUUUCACUCCAACUUUGGAAGGCACGACGGCGCGACAGCGGCCAAGAAACGUGACAUCAACGGCAGGAUAAUACCUCCACGAGCGACACGCAACGCGGAGUUGACCAUCAAAGCGAUCCAGCCGUCGAUCGUGGUGAAGGACAUCUCGAAGCUGAGAAGCAGAAACGAGAACCCGCGAGAGGAAGAGUCCCGCGAGCUCGGCAAGGACGAGAGGCCGAGCAAGCUGCGAAGGACGAGGAGAGCCGAGGAGCAGGACGAGAGGGACCGCUCGGGCGUCGAGCGUCGUCUGGACGAGUUCCUCGAGUACACCAGGCGACGCGACGAGGAGAACAGGUCGAUCAUGAUGCGCAUUCUACAAGCCGUCGAGACGAUCGCCGACAAACUCCAAUGACGGCGACGACGACGACGACGAUAGAGCGGCUUCUUUCUUCGCGCCUCGUCGAGAUCAUCGGAGGACGCGGGAGGAGGCCAAACGAGGCGAGGGGGUAUUCACUAAGUUCAGAGAAAAAGUUAAUUUUAUUGUAAAAAGUAUCCAAGUCCUUUUUGAACUAUGAAAACUAGUUAAAGGAUAGUUCAUUUACUUAGAUUUUUCUCUCAGUGCGAACAAAAGUCGGGCGGAGAGGAGGAAUUGUAUUAUUUACAACGAAAGAUGUUUAAUGGCGCGCCUUCCAGGUCGGCGAGCUCGGUUAAUGAAUGUUUUAUGACUCCGCUCGUUGUUGCGACGAGUUUAGAAACUCUACGUCUUGUCGGAGUCUCGCAACGAGACGGCUGCAAUUUCAAUGCGUUUCGUUGAUCGGGUCACCGGUUAAUUAAACCGCGCGUAAAACCUGUUACGAGUCACCGAGCACUUUUGUCUUUCGCGGGUAAAUCGAGGCUCGAGAGUACAAUCUGCAAUUUCGUUCUCAUGGGUUUCUUUGAAUCCUAUUUUACGUUCGAACCGUUUACGUUUCAUGUCAAUCGUAUCCUGCGAUGCUCUUCGUUUAAAGCCCACCUUCUCGUGUCUUAGCGUAAAUUUCAAAGCGUUUCGAAACCCAAACAAAAUGACGCGGAACGAGCGGGGGCGGAUGCCGCUUUCACAUCCCCUUAAUAGAUUUUACAAGUUUGCGGGAACGUACCCUUAA